CGCAGCGGGCGCCGGAAGCGGCCCAGCGACGAGGGGACGUCGCGUCGCCGGGUCUCGAGCAGCUGCCGCGGAGCCGCCGGACGGACCGCCUUCCCUGCCCGCCCCGCCAUGGCUGAGAGCGACUGGGACACGGUGACGGUGCUGCGCAAAAAGGGCCCCACGGCCGCCCAGGCCAAGUCCAAGCAGGCCAUCUUAGCAGCUCAGAGACGAGGAGAAGAUGUGGAGACUUCGAAGAAAUGGGCCGCCGGCCAGAACAAGCAGCAUUCGAUCACCAAGAACACGGCCAAGCUCGACCGGGAGACCGAGGAGCUGCACCAUGACCGGGUCACCCUGGAGGUCGGCAAGGUCAUCCAGCAGGGCCGGCAGAGCAAGGGGCUGACGCAGAAGGACCUGGCCACAAAAAUCAACGAGAAGCCGCAAGUCAUUGCGGACUACGAGAGUGGCCGGGCCAUUCCCAACAACCAGGUUCUGGGCAAGAUCGAGAGAGCCAUUGGCCUGAAGCUCCGGGGGAAGGACAUUGGGAAGCCGAUCGAGAAGGGGCCAAGGGCAAAAUGAACAUAAAGCCUCGAAAUCAGUGCGUUCCGGCUGAUCUCGUCCGGCUGGUCCUCUCGACCACCGGCGCCAGCACGGCUCUCUCCACGCGGCCGAGCGGAACAUGGGCGGGAGCCCCGCCCGGGAACCCCUCUCCUCGUACCUGCUGUCUAACUAACAAACAAAACCUUGCAAAGUGUUUGCUUCUGAUUUUUUUCUUCCCUGCCCCCCGCCCUCAGUGGGGUGCAGAACACUGCCUUCCUCUCCCCCGGGGUCCAUCCCGCUGCGGGGAUGGCUCCAGGGAGCUGGCGGGGGGUGGGUGGUCACCGUCUGGGAGAGGAGCUGUCUGUCCAGCCUGGCUCGUAGAGAAGCUAAUAAAGUUUGUGCCCUUC